GGGGCAUCCCCCAGUUUGAGAAACGCUAGCCUACCAAUGUAUAUAUUUAGUCCCAAGUUCGAUUUAAAAUAAAGAAAAGAACAACGGAACAAACAACGGACUACAUAUAUUGUAGUCGUGGAGAAUAACAAAAGGCAUAGGCUACUCAGAAAAUGGCUUAUACUCGUGAAAAUUGUCAACGUAUUGUGAAGGUGGGGUAUCGAGAUGUCGCCUUCCCUUCAACACAGCUACAGUCAAUGGAAGAUUGCAAUGAUUAUCUACAUGACAUGUCCGCACUUCGCAAGGACAUGAACGACAAAGGAUACUUGCUUAUCCGAGGACUGCAUGACAGAGAUGAUGUUCUUACUGCUAGACAAGCUGUACUGAACUAUAUUCACAGUCUUGGGGAUAAAUUAGACAAGAACCACUCAGUCGAUGAAGGAGUUCUCAGAGAGGGCUGUGGUCUAGGAUGUCUUCCCGUUAUGGAGGGCCACACUGAAAUCUCACAUACCAUGCCUGUGUUGAAUGUCAUAGCAGGAGAAAGACCUUUCAAGUUUUUUAGCCAAUAUUUUGAUGAAGAUGUCACUACCUUUGAUUAUAAAUGGUUAAGAGCCAUGCAUCAGUCUGGGUUUACUGGAGCUCAUGUAGACAAUGUUUACAUGUGUCGGGGAUCCAAAGAUUUGCUGACCAUGUGGACACCCAUUGGUGAUAUUACAGUUGAGAUGGGUGUCCUUGCAGUUUGUGAAGGGUCAAAUAAUUUGCCAAGUUUUCAGAGGUUUCAAUCCACUUAUGGUGAGAUGGAUGCAGAAUUAGUUGGAUUAAAAGGAACAGGCUGGUUUACUGAAGAUCCAUUUGAAAUCACAGAAAAAUUUGGUGGGCAAUGGAAAACAACAGAUUUUAAAGCUGGCGAUGUUUUGAUAUUUAAUAUGAGGACAGUGCAUAUGUCCACAACAAACACCACACAGUUUGCCAGAAUAAGCUGUGAUACCAGGUGGCAACCUUCAAGUCAACCAGCAGAUCCAAGGUUUAGUGGUAAUGUUGAAACUUCAAAAGCUAAGUUUGGUUUGCUCAGCAAGAUGGAUUGUUCAGAUAAUAUACAGACAUUUACUACAAUUGAAAAAUUAAAAGAAGAAUGGGGUCUUUAAUUACUAUCAUAUUUGACUAAUUCUUAACUGUCCAAUUAAAGUGGCCGGAAGAUGCAUUAUCAACUUUGGUUGAAAAAAAAAGCAUUUUGUUUCAUUACUGCUGCAUUCAUCUUCUAGAUCUAUUUGCUGUAUCUAAAAUUUGUACUAUUAUAACAGAUAAGAUAAAUAAAUAAAUAAGCAACACAAACAAUUGAAAAAAAAAGAAGCCAGAAAAUGGUGUUUGUAAACAAUAAAAUAUUAAAUUCCCCAAUUUUUAAUUUUUGCUUCUUCAAUUAUUUUUUUAAGUUAAAUAAAUACAAUUGUAUCAGUUACAUGUUAUUUUUUUUUUGUUGGUUCUGUAAAUGUCUUUUGACUAUUGAUAUCACCACAAACACAAUAAAAAAGUUGAGGAUAUCUUGGUUCUCAGACAUGA